GCUCGUUGCGUGCAAUUUCCGCUACUAUGCGCAAUCGCCACCACUUUCUCUCUCGUCUCACUCUGCUCUCUUUGCUCCCAUUGAUUGAAUUGAACUUAUCACUCUCUCUUCUCACCGGAAGCUUUCUCUCACAUAAACAUGAAGCAAUUUUGGAGUCCAAGCAGUAUCAACAAGAACAAAGCUAUGGUUGAGAAUCUGCAAAAUCAUGGUAUUGUUACAUCAGAUGAAGUUGCUAAAGCUAUGGAGGCUGUAGAUAGAGGCGUAUUUGUGCCAGAUCGUUCAUCCGCUUAUGUUGAUAGUCCCCUGUCUAUUGGUUACAAUGUGACUAUAUCAGCUCCUCAUAUGCACGCUAUGUGUCUUCAACUUCUUGAAAACCAUUUGAAACCCGGAAUGCGUGUUCUUGAUGUCGGCUCCGGUACUGGGUACUUAACGGCUUGCUUUGCGGUUAUGGUUGGAUCAGAAGGGCGUGCUAUUGGUGUGGAACACAUUCCUGAACUUGUGGCUUCUUCUGUUAAGAAUAUUGAAGCGAGUGGUGCUUCGUCAUUGCUUAAAGAAGGGUCUCUUGCUAUUCAUGUUGGCGAUGGGAGGCAAGGAUGGGCUGAGUUUGCUCCUUAUGAUGCUAUUCAUGUUGGAGCAGCAGCACCUGAGAUCCCAGAGGCGUUGAUUGAUCAGUUGAAACCUGGUGGGAGACUGGUGAUCCCGGUUGGGAACAUAUUUCAAGAUCUGCAAGUUGUGGAUAAGAAUUCAGAUGGUUUGGUUAGCAUCAAGAGUGAAACUUCGGUUCGUUAUGUUCCUUUGACUAGCCGUGAAGCCCAGCUGAGAGGAGACUGAUGAAUGUUCGUUGUACAGAAGAAUGAAUCAAGUAAGCUCAGUUGGCUUUUCGAAAUUAGUGUAGUUAGUCAAGAACUCGAAUCUUAAAGAUCUCUUUGUGACUUGUGUGGUAAGACUUUCAAAUAAGUAAACUUGUUUGUGUACACGUAAACAUAAUAAACCAUUUAGUAUAUAAUGCCUCCAUCAA